CACGGAAUGUCAACCGUCAAAUGGGUGGUGGGUAGGUGGGGCAAAUUAGGUGUCGUCGGCCCUUUCUUCCCCUAGCUGCUUCUAUUCCGAGAAGCCGAGAACUCUCGUCUCUUCUUCUCCAUCGCCAGCUUCAAUUCCGAUUUCCCAUACUUCUCGUUCCCCAAGGCUCCUUCACACAGUCACAGAGUAACCUAGAGCUUUAGCAAUCUGACAAAUGGGCGUACACUCGACGGUAAUGGAGGCGAUAACGUGCUACACAGGCCUAUCUCCUACGGCCUUCUUUACCAUUCUGGUUAUGAUGGUUAUGGUGUACCAAACGGUCUGCGGGAUGUUUGUUUCUCCUGAAGAUUACAAUAAGCCCCCAACCAUCACCGCUCCAAACAAUAUUGGGUUGGAUGGCGUGAACGUCGACGCUCCUGAACCGGUCCAAAUGGGAGAAAUGACUGAUCAGGAAUUGCGAACCUAUAAUGGCUCCGACCCCAAUAAACCUAUCUUAGUGUCAAUCAGAAGCCAGAUCUACGACGUGUCUGCUGGCAGGAAUUUCUAUGGACCUGGUGGACCGUACGCUAUGUUUGCCGGAAAGGAAUGCAGCAGAGCCCUUGCCCUCCUCUCUUUUAAACCGGAGGAUAUCAAUGGGAAUCUUGAAGGUUUGAGCGAGGAAGAGCUUGUAAUUUUAGAGGAUUGGGAAUAUAAAUUCAUUGAAAAAUAUGUGAAGGUUGGUCAACUUGUUCCUCAACAAAACACUCAGCCAAAUGAGCACCGGGGAGAAAUCUAAGGCAAACCUGUUGAUGAAUGCAAACCAGCAGAAUAAAAACCAUUUCAUUGUCACGGGGCUUCCAUUCGGUGCACUCAGUUGACACUGUAGAAUAUGACUGGUGUUUAUUGUAUAGAUUGUGUUGGGUAAUGACAGAAGGAUUAUUGUUCUUUUGAAGGCUGAGUGAUGGUUUUGGACGGUGAGAUAUAUUAAAGGGGAAAUUACAUCCAAGGACCACUCAAACAGACUAUUCACAGAGAAGGACCAAUACAAAAUGUAUUGUUGUUUAAAUGAGAGUGUGGACUUGUUUUUUUUUUUUUUUGGUAAUAGAACUUGUUAGUCCUUGUCUGCGGUUAUUUUCCGGUUCUUAAAUAUGAUUCUCUCUAUAUUAUUAAAUCCAUUCACACGGAUCCCACUCUUUAUGGUUAUCUCUCUCUUUUGCAAGGUCUUGUACGAUAGUUGAGUGAAUCAAUUUCUGGAUGUAAAUUCUCAUAA